CUAAAACACUGAAAGGAAAAUGUCUACACAAACAAGUCCUACUGCUGCUUGCGUGACCACGCCUGCAAGGCUUGGCAGAGUAACUUAAAUCCUUUUGCGUAUAGUUUCUGCUUUAAACAACACGACAGAUGGACUACAAAGAACAGGUCGAGCAGGUUGUAUCCACCGCGCAGUUCGGAGAUUUGAUCGAGUUCUCGUACCCCAUUGGCUACUCACAUUGGGGCGUGUACGACGGAGAUGGAUACAUCGUUCACUUUGCGGUUGCUGAUGAGUCUCAGAUGAUGAGUUCAUUUCGAAACUGCCUGCAGGCUAUCUUUCCUGUUUGUGGUGAUCUUUUGCUUGGAGAAACUAAAAUACGGCGUCAGCUUCUGUCUGAAGUUAAUGUACCAAAAGGAGCUCGUGUUUCAGUGAGCAACAGCAAGCACGCUCUCGAGCCUUCACCUGUGGAUGAAAUUAGAAAACGACGAGAUGCUUUACUGGACAAAGAGUUUACUUACAAACUCUUCACACACAAUUGUGAGCACUUUGCCACAUUUGUCCGCUCUGGGGUAGCUAUGUGCAAUCAGAUUCCUGGGAAGCCCAAAAACAAGGAAUGUGUGGAUGCUACAACGUCAUUUAGCUACCUUGUGCCAUCAAGUUAACCUAUUGAAUACCAAGAACUACAUAUUAUCAUAAGAAUAAUAUAUUAUGUUUGAAUAAUGAUAUUUCUCACACACUCAUUAAACCAGUUAAGAUUAUGUUUGAUGUCUUGGAUUAGGGUUCUUCAUACUGAUCUGUAAUAGUAUAUAGAUCUUCACUAUCUUCUGUAUCCAUGCAGGUCUUGUUUUGGUCUUAUAGCCUUGUCAAGCUGGUCUGUUGACUGGUUUUAAAAUGGUUUUGUGUUCACGCCAGAGGCCAGCUUGGUUAUGCAGGAAGACCAUAUUAUACCAGCUAGGCAUGGUUUAUUUCAGCAAAAAUGUAGUCAAAAUGUACAUAGAACGAUAUUAAAGGUGUUCACAUGUUUCUGA